GUGUGGAUUAGACAAUAGAUGUAAUUACACUCUAAAUCCCUUCACCCUAAACUAUAUUUUAUUCUCCAUGCUUUACACCUAGUCCUACUAUAAAAUCCCUAUCCAUGUCAACCACCCUAGAACCAUAUACCUGCUUAUCCAUCAUAUCCUAUAAAAUAAAUAAAUAAAUAAAUAAAUAAACCCUGCAUUGGAUAUAACGUGUUAAUGGUCCAAGCGUAAACGCGCAGACAAACAGACAGAUAGAUAUUUUAAUGUAAACCAAUACGUCAUUUGCAAACGUUCUGACAACCUACCAGUAACGUUUCAAAUGAAGUAAGGGUGUGGACUGUGAUAUAACGUAAUUGUUACGUUAUUAAAGUACAUCGUAUUUACGUAAUUCUAUAACGUUACUGCAACGUUGCAAAACAGCCUCCAUGAGGACUGGUUAUUUUGCGACCAUAGAGGAAUGUUGUCACAACGUCACCUGUUGGUAAUGUUGCGAUUUACCAAAUUAUGACCAAAGUGCAACGUUGCCAUUACGUAGUGUGUUUGUAGGGCAGCGCUUACUUGGCGUGUAUACUGUGAUUGUUUUGCUCACAUACUCCCACCCACAUACAUGCGCAGUGCUAAGUAACCUCCCGUUUUAAAGAAUUGGGACGUCAUUUUACGACCUCACAUGCGCGACUUGACAGCUCAACAACAACUUUCGCACUAAGCACAACCUUCUUUUGUGGAACAAUAGGCCUAUAUUAUUACUGCGUGUAUAAGCACUACUAACAGCAAGAUACACAGAAUGCAUCGUUACCUCACAUUCAGUAUCCUCAUUUUAAUAACGAAUUAACUUGUUAACUUAUUUUAAAUUAUAUAUGCAGGGCAGUACAUAUUUAGACAGUGACGGAAUUUUAUUUGUUUUGGCUCUGCACUCCAGCACGCUGAAUCCAACUGAACAUGUGUUUCACUUGCUAAAGACAAUACUGAAGUCAAAAAGCCCCCUAAACAAGCAGGAGCCGAAGACCCAGAAUCUGGGUCACAGAUUUCAGGCAUUCAUUCUAUGCUUUGUAUUUGCAACCUAGUACUACCUUACAUUACAGGCAUUUAGCAGACGCUGUUAUCCAGAGCGACUUACACAAAGCUGACAUUCUGCACGUUAACCUCACAUUCAUUGUUUCAUGUUAAAUCCAAUGUGGUAGAGCAUAGAGCCAAAAGAACAAAAACUGCGUCAUUGUCCACAUUAAUGCACUUUAUAGUUUAUCAUACAUUUAUGGGUAGAUUUUAGUUAUACAUAUGUAAUACUACAAUAGUUCAUAUUUUUGCAUGUAAUCUACGAGUUAGUUUCGACUUCAGUUCAUUUGAUUAGGAACCAGUUGCUAUUAGUUAUGGCAGGUAAUGGACUGCAUUUAUAUAGCACUUUUAUUCAAAGCGCUUUACAACUGAUACCUCUCAGCAGUUCGGGGUUAGGGGUUAGGUGUCUUGCUCAAGGACACUUCGACAUGCCCAGGGCGGGGUUUGAACCUACAACCCUCCGACUGCCAGACAAUCGGUCUUACCUCCUGAGCUAUGUCGCCCCAUAGCAGGUAUGCCUUCUGCUAAGUUCGUAUGUUUGUAUAUGCAUUUCUCUGAUUCCUUAUAUAAUAAAGUGAAGUCAAUUGCAACGGGGUAUUUCACCUGGUUAAAUAAAGAAUACGUUUUUGAAAAAUGACAUGACCACACAAUAUAGAACCAAUCAUGCAUUGUGUUGCAGGUUUAUUUAUGUCUUAUUAUUUCUCCAACAAUUCUGCCACCAAAAACUAAACAUCAGCUGCUCUCUACUGCCAUGUCACAAGAAUCUUCCAUCAACAACAAUAUGGCAUUAGUCAAUGAACAUGCCACUGAACACAAUUUAUGGGUCUCCAAAAGUUACCAUUCAAGAGUAAGGGAUUACUCAACUACAUCUUCUUCGUCCCCUUCCGUUCACUCUAAAUUCUCAUAUUCAUUUCACGUAUUUGUACAACAUGCCACUACAUCACGCAUCCUUCCCGUUACCCCCAGCAAACGGUGGCUAUAACGGUUUGAUAUGACUCCUGACGAGUGAAACAGAUCCCACAUCAUUAAAAUCGUAAAAGGACGAACUGGUGACACGAAAGAAUGCAGGGAACUGGGAAGCGUAUAGAUUCUGAAUAGUGCUUGUUUAUUACGUGCCAAGAAUGUGGUCCAUAGCGUCCGUCGUGCCAUUCUUUAAUUUGAAGCGCAUACCAAUUUGGUUAAGUGUGUUUUGGCUGAGGAUAUAUGGUUUUAAGUUUAACCUGCCUUAAUUGAUUAUUUAUAUAUCUAUUCAAGGAAAAUCCCCAGAUACUUUUCAUAGGCAAUAAUAAUGUACAAUACUCUUCGAGUGCAAUUAGAUGGACGCCGAUUUGACCGUAACUUGAGGAUCUUGAUUUUGUGUAAAGGCGUCACAAGUAAAUCCUUCAUAAAGUGACCAAUUGUGUGCGUCUUAACGCCGGGUUCUGUUAGGCAACAGCACUUUUGGAAUUAUGGCAUUAUAAAUAUUCCAUUUUUAGUUCACAUUCUCACAGAAACAAGUCUUCACUUGCUGAUCACUUCAGUUUUUCUCAACGAAAUAUAUUUUUGGACACUACCUCGGUAGAUUGAAGCUGAGUAUGGACGAUACUGGCAGUAUCAGCCCUAGCCAAGAUGAGCCGGAAACUUCCGGAGCCGUCUCGGAGGCAGACCAGCCAGCCGAGAGCGGGGGGGAUCCGGAGGAUGGAGGGAGCGGGGAGAACGGAGAGGGCGCUGAGGGCGCGGGGAACGGAGAGAGCGAUCGGGGCGUGACCCAGGAGACGGACGAGGACGUGGUCGCAGAAACGAAGGAGGGUGCCGUCGGGGAGAGGAGAGAUGAAAUGGUGGGAGACAUGGAGGAGGAACUGCUCGUGCUGGACCCUGAGCAUCCUCUGAUGAAAGGCUUCCAGGCCGCACUGAAGACUCAUCUGGAGAAACAGCUGGAGAGGCUGGAGAAUGAGCUGCGUGAGCUGCGGUCCAUGGAGCGGGCGGAGGGUGACGGGCGUGUGGAGGUGGGCACGGCCCUGUAUAAGGUGCAGGAGGAGCUCGGGCGGGUGGACGCCAGGCUGCAGGGGCAGAACAAGGCCAACGCUGCCGCGUCCUCGCAGCGCCAGAAGGCUCAGGACCGGCUGGAGGACGUCCGCCGCGACUACCGCGCCACUGUGGCCCAGAACAAACAGCUGUGGGCGCAGGUGUCCCAGAUGCAGGCGGAGGUGGACACCAUGGCCCUGCGUCUGCUCUACCUGCACGGGGCCAGCGAGGACAUGUGCUCUGACCUGGCAACCACGCAGACCUGCACGCGCAAGGCCCAGGUGGAGAAGAACCGCGCCGCGCAGGAGAAGAACACGCAGGACCUGUACGUGGACCGGCUGACGCAGAAGCUGGAGCGGCUGCAGGAGCAGACCGCGCUGUACAACGCGCGUGCAUCCGCACAGGCCAUGGAGACGCAGGUGGCCCAGGAGGGCCUGUCUGAGGCUCAGAUGGAGCUGGAUGCUCUGCUGGUCGAGCAGAAGCAGCUUCUACAGCAGUGGAACAUCAGCCUGCUGGGAGUUCGGCGCCGCGACGAGGCGUACAACGCCAUGCUGGAUGCGCUACGGGCGGCACGGGACCAGGCCCGGGCUCUGGACACGGAGAUCGAAGGUUUCCGGAAGUCCAUAGGGCAGGAGGAGGAGCAGAACGAGCAGCUGACGGUGGCGUUGAACUCGGCCCGUCUGGACUGCGGGACGUCCCGUAAGCUCAUUGCGCGCAGCAAGACCCAGGAGGAGGCGCUGUUGGCCCAACACGCCACCUACACACGCAUGCUGCAGGAGAGCGAGCACAUGCUGGAGCAGGUCACAGUGGACUGCGCGGCGCGGCGGGCGGAGGCUGCGGCGCUCCGGGCGCUGAUAGACCGCGAGGUCGGCGUUCGCCGGGAGCUGGAGGAGAAGAUCAUGGGCAAGAUGCAGGAGCAGCUGUCACACGGACAGGCCGCCAAGUACUCCCGCCAGCAGGUGGAGAAGAUCGCCACCCAGAAGAAGGAGAGGGAGCUCCAGGUGGCCCUGUUGGAGGAUGACAUCGCUCAGGUGACGCUAGAGAGCACGGAGGUGAAGCUGCGGGCGGAGUCUCUGUCCCGCGUGUGGGCGGAGCUUCAGAAGGAGAUGGCCCAUCAGCAGGAGCUGCUGGCCCACAGCGAGGCCGAGAUCAGCAAGCAGGACAUCAUCAUCGAGCGCAAGCAGUUCGCCAUCGGCAACUACAACAAGAAGAUCGAGGAUAUGUGCACCAAGCACGAGGACGUGGGUGGGCUGGAGAUUCGUGUGCAUAAGCUGCGUAAGGAGCUGGAGGAGAUGGAGGCGGAGAUCCAGGGCCAGCAGCAGUCCUGGCUCCGCCAGCAGGAGGAGCUGGUUAAACUCAACCAGGACAGGCAGACCCAGAGCGCCGCCCUGCUGACCCUGCAGGGGAAGCUCACCAUCCUGCAGCAGAAGAAAGUGCACACUGAGGGUGAGAUCCAGCAGGAGCGCAGGGAGCAGGCGGAGGUGGAGAGGCACAUGAACGGCCUGAUGCUGGACAUCGUGAAGCUCAACGGCCUGCUCAGCAAGAACAGCCAGCAGAGCGAAGCCCUGGAGCACCGCAACUGCCUCAUGGAGAGCGACUUCAUCAGCAGGCUGAAGGAUUCAGAAAGGGAGGCCAUUGAAUUGCAGAUGAAUCUGGAGAGGAUCCAAGAAGAGAAGGACAUGCUCCUCAACAGCCUACUGGAGGCCGAGCGGCAGGUGCUCCUGUGGGAGAAGAAGACGCAGCUGGUGAAGGAGACUCAGCUGGCAGUCAGGGAGGAGAUGGGACAGGGAGACGUCCGCUUCCUCAAGUCUGAGAUUCACCGCAUGGAGGUGCGGUACGAUCAGUUGAUGAAGCAGCAGGCCCGGUUGCUAAGGGAGCUGGAUGCGGCGGUUGCUAGGCGGGAGGCCAUAGAGAUGCACUGUGAGACCCAGGCCCGGUCCGCCCGGACCCGCCCCGCCCACACUGAGUCCCACAGCGUCCUGCAGGGCCUGCGCAGGAAGAUACAGGACUGCCAGAAGAAGUGUAAGGAGUGUGAGGGUGUGGUCGUGGAGCUGCAGGACACACAGAGGGGGCUGCGCUCCACCCUGUCCCAGAAGCAGAAGCAGCUGGCCGAGCUGCGCAGCACCUGUGACACGGUGGACACAGAACUGCGCAGCCUGCAGGACGCCAAGGAGAAGAACCGGUCCCGGUUGAUCACGCUGCAGGGGCGUGUCCGGCACCUGCAGGCGGUUCGGGACGGGCGGUACCGGUCCGUGUGCGCGGGCGGGACAGCCCCGGGCUCCACCGCCCAGCGCCUGAGUGCCCACCUGCAGGCGGUGGACUCCAUCCUGCAGUGCGUCUACCAGAACUGCCCCGAACACCGGGGGGCGCUGCACCUCCUCACCCUGGCCUUCGCCUCCCGCCGGGAGCUCCUUGACCCCGCCCCCCGCUCCUGACAUCACUUCCUCUCCCCACCUGCUGUGCACUCGACCCCGCCCCCCGCUCCUGACAUCACUUCCUCUCCCCACCUGCUGACUGCAGGGGGGCCAGGCCUUUGACUGGGGGCUCAGGUGGCAAAAUUUUUGAACAUUAUUUGCUAAAAAAAAAAGUAAUUAAUAAAAAAUUCAGAAAGUUAUUUGCUAGUUUUGUGAGCCUUCAUUGACAUGGCUGAUGACAGCAUGGUGGGUAGUUUUAUUAAAUAAAUAAAAAAUAAACUGAAAGGAUCCAAAAAUAA